ACCUUUGAUUUCUGAUUCCAAAACGAGUUCAUAUAUUUCAUGUGUAAAUAUGAGACGUUUAACUUAUGAUUUUACAGAUGUAACGGCCCUCAGAGGGAAACCGUGAUUGCAUUGUGGCCAGUGCCCAAAAUGAGUUUGAUGCCCCACCCUAGCCUGUCAAGGCACGCAUGUAUUUCACUGGACACCACCGAACAAAAAGGUUGCAAAAUGUCCAUUAAAUCCAAAAUAUUGAGCCAAUCAUUUUAAUAUUUUCAGAAGUUGAAGUAGGCAAAAGGAGAGAUGCCCACAUUUAUUUUGGUAAUGAUUGGUGAUAGUCUUGACACGUUUUUUUUUUUUUUGGGAGGGGGGGGUGUCAGGCGCUAAUUACUUGUGGACUUUUGCUAUUCACGUGACUGCUCAAUCCCUUUACCCCACAAAUUGUCGAAGUUCACCCUAUAAUGUGUCACCAACGUGAUUAACCAUAAUAAAAGAAAAAAAACAAGCACUUACAAGCUAACAACAAGAACUUGCUUGUUUCAUUUGUUCGUCUAGCGCUUUCUUCUUCUCAGCAUUUUCCAGCAAGUCUGGAUGCUCUGUGGCACUAUGCUGCCUCUCACAGGUAAUGAGCCCCAAUGAGUGCCAAUUGCCCUGCAGGUCAGCACUGGGACAGUUUGGUUAAAAAAUGUAUGCAAUGCAAACUAAUGUGUCAACAACCACUGAUCAUCACCAAAUGCACCAAAUACUGUGUGUUAGCAGAUUGUAAAACACUGGCUGGCCACUACUAUGAUGGGCUUCUAAGGAAAUGUGUGAGGUGUGCUGAUGUUUGUGGUAGACAUCCAGCGGACUGCGCCCAACACUGCCACAGUCCAGCGACCUCUAAAAACCUCCUUGUAAAGGUGACCUCACAAGUACCCUCAGUCCAAACGGCCUUGGAAGACCCUACCGUCCUCCUCUACGUCCUGCUCGCAUUGUGCAUUGGGCUUCUGCUAUCUAGCCUGUCCCUCGCAUUGGUCGUAUUCCUCAGGAGAAGAAGUGGCGCCCAAAGGGACCCUGACCAAGUGGUCAGCAAAAAGGGCCGUGGAAGUUGUCUGCAAGGAGGCCAACUGGGUCCGAGCUCCGCAGAUUUCAUGUUCCGCGCGAGUUGUGCUGCUGAGCCGUCAGACGAGUCCAGCCCCACUGAGACCAGCGUGUGUGUCCACUGCUACCCUGAUUUCACAACAACGGGUGGCAGCAAUGAGCCUUCCAGAGCGCCAAUGAAUUACGAUCACAAAGCUGUGCUCCACCAUACCCGGAUGCAAAAUCAAAGUCUUCUGGUGGAUACAGAUGUCUCCCGUCUCCAGAUAGGUGUCGCGUGAUGAGUCAAUGAUGGGAUAAAGCUUCCGUGAGGUGCUGUUUGCGAAGCUGCUCAUGCCCAAAAGUACUAAUUUGGUCAUAUUUAGCAUCAAAACAUGUGGGGAAAAAAUGCUGUAAAAUUUCACCAUUCUGUACAUUUAGAACAUCCAUCCAUUUUCUUUGCUGCUUAUCCUCACGAGGGUUGCAGGGAGUGCUGGAGCCUAUCCCAGCUGUCGACGGGCAGGAGGCGGGGAAUAUCCUGAACUAGUUGCGAGCCAAUCGCGGGGCACACAGAGACAAACAUCCACACUCACAAUCACACCUAGGUGCAAUUUCGAGUGACAUUUAGAACAAUAUUUGGUAAAUAUUAAAUGCUACACACAUAGCGGCACGGUGGGUCAGCUGGUAAAGCGUUGGGUUCGAUCCCGGGCCCACCUGUGUGGAGUUUGCAUCUUCUCCCCAUGCCUGCGUGGAUUUCCCCCGAGCACUCCGAUUUGCUCCCAAAAACAUGCAACAUUAAUUGGACACUCUAAAUUGCUCCUAGGAGUGAUUGUGAGUGUGGCUGUUUGUCUCCAUGUGCCCUACGAUUUGCUGGCAACCACUUCAGGGUGUACUCCGCCACCUGCCCGUUGACAGCUGGGAUAGGCUCCAGCACUACCCAGGACCCUCCUGGGGAUAAGUGCCAAAGAAAAUGGAUGGAUGGAUAGAUGUUACACCCAAAUGUCAAAUCUAAAUGUGAACGACAUGAAUCUUAAAUAUAAAUAUGAUGUUAAAUAUGUUAAAUUCACACCAUUCACGCUGUUAUUUUUAGACUGAGUUGCUUCACAAAUGGCACCCGACGUACUUUUGCCAGAAAACACGCACAUGGCGCAUUCACUUAGGAUGUCUAAAUUGUUCACAUUUGUCAUGAUGUCAACAUGGUUUUCCAUCUUGUACACGUAACUUUUUCAGUUAGAUUUCAUCAAGUUUAUGAUUUGAAGUAGCAAUAAAUAUAUGGUUUGUAAUUCACUUUUUAUGGGAAAAUGUAAGGCUCCUGUUGAUAAAUUAUUUCA